AUGUCACACUUCGCGACUCCCUUUAUUGUUAUUAAUUUAGGAUGUGAGAUGGUCUUCGUGAUUGAGCAGAGACUGAAAGCUCAGAAUAUCACACUGGAUAAAUCUGAAAGAGUACUCACCGAUGUAGCAACUGUGUUGUUUCAUCCUAAACUAUUAGACGAGUUAUUUAUACCGCAGCCGGUCGCCACUCACACACUUAUAAAACAACUGCUUCAAGACAUAUCCGCCACUUCAAUCAUGAAACUAGACGACUAUUCCAUGAGCAAGUUAUGGGACCUGAUGACUAUGAUUUUCAAAUGGCAAUUGUCUGUAGCGACGAAUCAAAAUAUUUUCGACAUCACCCGCCGUCAUCUGAGAAGUGUAGCCAUGCUAAUGCCAGAAUUUUACCCUAAAUGUAUUAUUGAGCAAACCAUGAGAAGAUUUGAAAACUUAUCACAGCAAUUUAGCGAUGACGAUUUUAAGUGUCUAAACAGUACUCUGAUUCUUUGGUUUUCAGAGUACCAUGCAAAAAUUUCGGUCCUCAUGAGAUUGGGACUGCAAAGAAAAGAUGGUACUUUUAAUUUACCUUCCACGAUAGGCACAAACAUUUUGAAUAAUUUAGGUGAAAAUAUUUACAAGUAUGAUAACAGAAAAAAUCCAAUCGAUGAAUUUGAAAGCCGAUGUGCUGAUACAAACGAAAUUAAUUGUCUUUUGGCAUCAAUAGAAAAAGUUCAUUCUAAAAAUAAAAUUGAAUUACAAUUGCCUAUUGAAUUUGGAGGUGCAAGUUCAAAAAGUAAGACUUUGGAAAUUGCUAGAGAUAUGCAGUUUGAAACAAUAGACACAAGUGUUAAAAUAAAAAAUAGUGAUCUCACUUUUAUUCCUGACAUUCCUAAAUCUCCACAAGAAGAUCUACUAGAUAUGUUGGGAGCAACGGGAGAUUCAAUUUAA